AUGGCUGGUACUCAUGACACAGAACAGCAAAGAAUUAUCGUUAGAAUCAAAUGUAUUGCUUUUCGUGAAGCUCGGGAUGCCGUUGCAACAUCUAUUAAUCGACAAUGGAUUGCAGACAAAAUUCAUCGUACUACGCGAUUUGGUACAGAAUGGUGGGAAAAGUUAUAUGAUGAUUGUUUUGCUGAUUAUUCCGAACGUGGUCGUACACUUAAACUAUCAGAUGCAAGUAGAAACCUCAUUCUCAGUGUAAGUGGUAAACAAAGAAAAAGUAUUUAUGUUAUGGUGAAAGAAAUUGCAGAAAAACACAAGGAAUAUGUUGUUUCAAAAACAAUUGCCAAUUAUCGUCAUAGAGAAGGAAUAAAGCCGUUUCAUGUUAUUCCAAGGCCGUUAAAAACAGAAACUCAUAUCUCAGACAGAUCGGAGUUUUGGAAUGAAAAACAAUGGUUUCUUGAUCAUCAAUAUGAUUGUCAUGAAAGUUCAAAUAAUGGAAUAUUUUAUUCAACAAAUCCAUAUCAAUAA